AUGAAACUUGUUCUGUUCGUGGUGCUGAUCUUCGCCGUUCUUGUCCAACUCUCCACAGCCCAGUUCGGCAUGGGCUAUGGCGGUGGAAUGUAUGGCCGCGGAGGCUAUGGCGGCAACUACGGCGGCUAUGGCGGCAACUAUGGCGGGUAUGGGCGCGGAGGCUAUGGCGGUGGCGGAUAUGGCGCCGGUUAUGGAAGAGGAAUGUGGGGACGAUAA